CUAUGGAGGUGGAGGAGGAUGGAAUGGAUGCCUACAUGUCCGACUACCAAAGGAUGCUAGACAGGUUGGAUAGCCCCAGUGAGGUAAGUGGUGAGGGGGUUGGGUCCUGUGCAGGGGAAGUUCUUGUAGAGAGGGAGCCUGAUGCCAUGGGCAGGGACGGGGGGAUUGAAGAUGGCAAAGCUAAGCCAGUACCCGGGUCAACUUUUACCUGUCCUGAACCCCGGUCUGAUAUUGAGAGUGUUCAAGGGGUUGAUUCAAACUUGUCAAGGGAUGAAAGGGGUAGAUCAAAGAUCUUCCAUGCCCUGAACGUUGCAGGUUAUGAUCCAGAGUACCUCGAUAACUUCGGGGUGUUUAUUGAAAAAAUUAUGGGUUUUGUAAACCAGACCGGGGCCAGGACAGUUUUUAUACCACCCUUUCCAAGGUACCCUACAGUAUGUUGCACACAGUCUGGCCAUUUCUGCGCCGGGUUUGACGGGAACCUCUUUAACGCAGAGGUCGUAAGAUUGGGGACUUACAUCUCACGAUUGGAAUCCCUCAAGGAUGCUUUUGUGUUAACUCCCGAAGACAUUUGUCACCGCGACGACUGGGUCUCGAGAGGAAAGAUGUUAAAGGACGACCGUGUGCAUCUUACUGAUAAGGGGGUCGCUGUGGUCCGGUCUUUAAUUCAGAAAUGUCAUCAUUUCUGGACGGUAAUGGACAUGCCCAAACCAACCCUGGGUCCCUCUGUUCCUAGCGGUAUCAGGUUUUCCCGAUGGGUGGAAACUCAUAGAGAGUACUGCGGUUUUGAGGAACUGAAGCCCUCAGGUGCGUUUAAACGCUCGCAGCCGCCCAUGUCGUAUCAGAAAAAGGCCAAACGCUGAUUUUCUGAGCGUGCUUAUCAUAGAAAGAACCAUGCACAGGACUCCCCC